AUGGAUGAAAUGGAUAAAACACAAAAAUAUUAUUAUAAUAAUCAUAAUUUUAAUGAUUCAAGUAAUGGAAGUGUUUAUUUAAAUAAUGUUAAGGAUGAUGAUAAUUUAAACAAUUUAAGUGACACAAGUGUUUAUAUAAAUGAUGCAAAAGAUUAUAAUAAUUCAAACGAUUCAAAAUUGGUUCAAGAAUAUGAUAAUUACAAUACACCUUUAGGUGAUUUAUAUGAAUCAGAUUUAUCUGAAAAUAUAAACAAUA